UGUCUAGUUCGCUCCUACCUAUCUUCCAACUGCGACCCGUCGGCAUCUUCGCUAGCCGGCCUUCUCAUCACCGUCGGCACAUGCUUCUACAUCGAUGAGGGAGUCAGUCUCGGUUCGUGGCGAGCGGACUGCGCGGGGGUCGACUAUACAUACACCACUGGCCUGGAUAAGUCAAAUUCCUACUCCAACAGCAGCAACGCCGCACCGGCUGUGCAGUCCAUUCUGAGAACCGCCACAGGCGUUGUUACGGUCACACCCGCCUCAAGCUACAGCUCUACUGCGAGUCCGGCAGCAGCGUCGAGCACCGAUGCG